AUGCUGAGACCUGCUUCCCACGCUGGAGCCUGGUAUAGCAGCGACGGCGGGCGCCUCCGUAGCCAACUUGCCAAAUUCUUUACGGCCGCCGCCUCCACCACGGGCCCUGUUCCUGGCGCUCGUGUGCUCGUGGGGCCCCACGCUGGAUACACAUACCUGGGCCCGAGAUUGGCAGAGACAUUUGCCGCAUGGGACACCUCCAAAGUGCGCCGGGUAUUUGUGCUAGGACCCUCGCACCACGUCUACUUCCGCAACAAGGCCUUGACGUCGCACUAUGCUCUGUACGAGACGCCCUUGGGGCCCUUGCCUGUAGACACUGAGGUGUGCGCCAAGUUGUGCGAGCUGACGCUGGGAGCGUUUGGGUACAUGCUGCUGGCGGUGGACGAGGAGGAGCACUCGUUUGAGAUGCACGCUCCGUUCAUCGUAUACCGGGCCCAGCAGGAGAAGGUGGAUGUGAAGAUUGUGCCAAUCAUGGUCAGUGGUCUCAACAAGGCCCUCAGAGAGAAAAUCGUGCAAGAGUUGAGUCCGUACUUUGCCGACGAGCAAAAUGCGUUUGUGGUGCUGCUGGACUUCUGCCACUGGGGCAGACGUUUUGGGUAUACCGAGUAUGUGCCAGGUAAGGACUUGGGCGAGUGCAGCGAGUACACUGAGAGCGUGGCGCGGGCGCCGGGCGCGAACAAGAUCUGGCAGAGCAUUGAGUUUUUGGACAGAAAGGCCAUGGAAAUCGCCCUGGUGGGCUCGCUGGCAAAAUGGGACGAGUACAUUGAAGAGACGGGAAACACCAUUUGCGGGCAAAAGCCUUUGGCCAUUGUGCUUCGGUUAUUGGAGGAGGCACAGGCGCUGAAAGGAUUUAACUGGCUCGGCUACUCGCAGAGCUCCCAGGUAACAAGACCCUCUGAGCUGAGUGUGUCGUAUGCUCUGGGAUACGUGGUGGCGUAA